AUGUCUCUGCGGCAAGUCCGCAAGCUGCGCGGCACCCGCCUCGACCCUUUGUCAGAAGGGAAGGACAGUUCUCCAUGGUCUGCCUCGGAGUUCGCUUCCAGCGAUGAAUCGCUGAGCGGCGUGGUCUCCUUCGCGCGCCCUGCAAAGAAGUCCGCGUUUUUGCUCGCCCGAGGAAGCAGCAGCGAAGAUGACAGUCCAGCAGAAGAGUCCGACAGCAGCAGCGUAGCGGGGGAGGAGGAACGGCUGGGAGAGCCAAAAGCUCCAGAAGAAGGCGAAAGAGAAGAAGCAGAUUCAGCCGAGGCGGCUGAGGGUGCGGCACUUGUACAGAGUGGAGAGGAUGUGCGCGAGGCGAGCGUGUCGCGACCCGAGGGACAGCUGACGACGAGCGCCUCAGGGAAGAAGAAGAAGCGGAAGAAAAAGACUCAGGGCUCUUCACCCAGUGCCGCGCCGGCGGCCAGCGGGAAACUCUCAGCGACCGAGCAACGGAGCGUCCACGAAUAUGAAGACGACGCGAUGUUUGCUUCUUCGGGCCGAAAUUACCUCGAAGAAGACGGCGCGCGCCCGCACGAGUCCGUCGCUGGAACCCGCUAUUGCUUGGCUAUGGAGCGGACAAUGUUCGACACCGAGAACGAAUUGCGGCGUAUCUUUGGGAGAGAAGUUACCCGAAACAUCAACAACACCACUAGAUCGGGCAGUCGGCGGCCGGACCCAGUGAGCCGACGGAGGUGUUGGCUCUUGCCCGAUGCAGCGGACGCCGCCGGAACUCAGGAGUAUCUGAGGAUGGUGCGGGAGGACGACGAGGCCUCCGGCACGCCUGAGUUUGCUUUACAGUACACGCCUUACUACGAGCAGCUUCAGCAAACAUUCAACGCCAUCGUUCACUCAUACGACCCGCAGAAUCUCCAAGAGUUUCUGCUUCGACACCCGCGGCAUGUCGACGCCCUGCUGCAAAUGUCCGAGGUCUUCCGCCUGCGCGGUAACAACGAGACUGCGACGGAGCUUUUGAAGAAGGCGCUCGGCGUGAUUCAAAAGGCGUUCCAUCCCGCGUUUUCGCCAUUCACAUGCACCGCCGAAGGGCUGCCGCAGGUGGCUGUGGAUUCGCUAAAUCCUUUCAACAAGAACCUCGUCAAGAGCAUCGGCUUGUAUGCGGAGGCACUGGCCGACCAGGGAUGCUACAGAACUGCGCUUGAAGUCGCCAAGCUUCUUCUCGCCAUGGACCUGCCUAGGGACGCCUUCCAUAUCAUGCUCCACCUCGACUACCUCGCACUUCGCUCCCGGCAGUGGCAGUUUCUCCUGCACUUCUCGCGGAGCUUUGUGGAGCAACAUUUGACCUACGUGAUCCCCCUUGAAGCGCCGGGAGAGAGUAGCUCCCAGGCGAAGGGUGAAGCCAAGGUCUUGGGACAGGUGGAAGGCCUACAGCUCACAGACCUUGCUCUCAUGCUGCCCAACUUUGCCUUUUCCACUGCCCUCGCCAUUUUUCUGCAUGGCGAAAGCGGAACAAGCUCGGGAAGCAUCAAGAGCACUACCGCCGACGACCUCCUUGCGAUCUGCGUGUCGUCGCGCAAACGGGGACAUGUUAUUAACGAAGGCCACAUUCACCACCUGCUGCUGAUGCGCGCUAUUUUGCUCUUUCCCUCGUUCGUCCGGAAGCUUCUACAAAAGCUUUCUGUGAACGGUGCUCAGAAGGUUGCAGGUUCUCCAUACGCGUCCUUAAGCUGGGAGGAUCUCCUCUUUACUUCCCCGCUCUGGGAUAGUGCCAAGUUCGCGCAUCACAGGUAUUCCGAUGUCCUGACAGUCCUCGUCUCGUGCUACGUUCAAAAGACUCACGACUUGUGGCGGGCGGACGUUGUGAUCCGUUGGCUGCAUGGGUGCACAGCUCACCUACGACAUCUGUACAGCUCGUGUCCAGAAAUCAAGGAAUUUGCCCAACGCUGGUCGCAGUCCUCUUUCCUUUUCGAUGCGAAUCGCUACAACGACGUCAAAGUCUCGGAGUUUGAUAGAGUCCCAACACUUCCGGGAUUCUUGCUGGAUGCGUAUGAAGUUGCGAGGGACGGUGCUGCGCGGAAUCGCAACAGACGCGUACAAUAUGUCUCUAUGAAUUCCAGUCCAAUUAUAGUGUUUUUUGAGACGUUGCUGCCCUGGACGGAGCUCGACCGUACCGGUCUUAGAGCCGAGCCUCGGCAUGUGGUCGAUGUGGCAAGGUCAGUUUUCUCCGUUCUCUGUGAUCUGACUACUGCGACAUGGGAGGUAAUGCGAAGUCUCAGCUGCUUCGUGGGCCGCAUCUUGGUAAAAGGGAGUUCUCGAGUCCUUUCUGUGCCACGGAGUCAAGAGAAUUCCCAUGGCGGGGAGCAACCGCAUCUGACGGGUCGUUAG